UAUCAGGACUAUACUAAUAUUAUCAAAUAAAUCCACGUUAAAAACCCCUAAAUUUAAACAUCCGAGACCUACGAACCCAACUUCCCUCUUCUCUCUCCCCCCCCCUCAACCAGAAGGAGGAGAUCCGGGUUUCUCGACUUCGAGUCUUUGAUCUAUCUGGCUUCGAAUCUAUGGAUUUAGAAACUCACAUUGAUGAGGAAGCCAGAACAAUAGAAAAUGCUACUGGAGGGGAGUCAGUCUCGCGUGAAGGAGAUGCAAUUCUAGAACCAUAUGAGGGCAUGGAGUUUGAAUCUGAAGAUGCUGCCAAGGCGUUCUAUGAUGAAUAUGCCAGAAGGGUGGGGUUUGUCAUGCGUGUCAUGUCAUGUCGCCGCUCAGAGGUUGAUGGAAGAAUUCUUUCUCGUCGACUUGGGUGCAAUAAGGAGGGAUUUUGUGUUAGCAUUAGAGGCAAAUUUGGCCCAGUUAGGAAGCCAAGGGCAAGCACAAGGGAAGGUUGCAAGGCAAUGAUUCUGGUAAAAUCAAUGAAGUCUGGAAAAUGGGUGGUUACAAGGUUUGUAAAGGAACAUAAUCAUCCAUUGGUGGUUUCAGCCCGUGAGUGUCGCCAUACAAUGGAUGAGAAGGAUAAGAAAAUUCAGGAGCUUACUGCAGAGCUGCGGCGUAAGAAGCGCUUAUGUGCUGCAUAUAGAGAACAGCUACUCAUGUUCAUGAAAGAUGUUGAGGACCAUACUGAACAACUAUCAAUGAAGGUUCAACUAGUUGUUAACAACGUACGUGAAGUUGAAUCUGAGGAACAAGAGCCUACACAGCAUAGAUAACCCCAGCAAUUUUAUUGAGUGUGCAUUACCAUUUUGACCAUUGAUGGUCAUCUGUGGAUAUUAUUUAUUUAAACUGUCUUCAAAUCACUUUAUACCCAAACUUGUAUAAAUAUAUUGUGGCACCAUGAGUUUGAGGAUAAUAUCUAUAGGAGAACACUGUAGGAGUUUUAAGAUUGAAGCAAUGUGGUCAAAAUCUUUCUUUACGUGGAAGCUGCACGAGCAACAAUGGUGGUGAGUUCUCUGGAGCUUUGAAUUGCAUCGCUCGAGCUUGCGUGGAUAUUUUACGAAGCAUGGAAAACGGUUUUUGGUGAAAACAUUUUUAGUAAAGGUUAGUUGCGGAUGCGUUUUCCUGUGGGUUUUUAAACUGGGGAAAAUUGAUUCUGCAAAACUUGAUCUUUUAUAGAUUUAUUAAUGUAAGCAGAAACAAAGCUGUGUUCCAGACUUCCAGUACAUAAAUGGGAUUGUAAAUUGUUUGAAGCAA